GUGUGUGUCAGAUAGGUGGGAAGGGCUGUCUCGAGCUGUAUAAAUAAAUGAGUCUGGUGGAUAUCAAGCAUGAAACGAAGACACUGUGGAGACAUUUGGAGCAGAGAUCUAGAAUGGCCAGCCACAAAGGUUUGAUUCUUGAUGUGGAUCUGAGAAGUCGUGAAAACAACUUGGCACACCGCACCAGGGAGAUCGAUCAAAAGCGCUUGAUUGUGCGCAGAUGUCAACCCUUCUCCAUAGCUCUGGAGUGUAAUGGCCCAUUGCCCCCCAAAAACCACUUGCAACUAGUCCUGCACCUCGGUAAGAGAGACGAGGUGGUGAUCAAGGUUCAGAAGGAGCGUGGAGCUGGGGACAAGUGGUGGUUUAACCAGCAGCGAGCACAAGAUGAAGUACUGCUGACUCUGCACAGUCCAGCGGAUGCUGUAAUUGGCCAGUACAGUCUGGCUGUGCUGAUGAUGUCACCAGAAGGACGCAUUAUAGAGAAAAAGGACAAAAUUAGUUUCCACCUGCUCUAUAACCCCUGGUGCAAAGAUGAUGUGGUGUACCUUCCUGAUGAGACUCUGCUUCAGGAGUAUAUAAUGAAUGAAGAAGGAGUCAUCUACAUGGGGACCUGGGAUUACAUCAAAAGCAUUCAUUGGAAUUAUGGACAGUUUGAGGACUAUGUGAUGGACAUCUGUUUUGAAGUCCUGGAUAAUUCCAACGAUGCUCUGAGAAACUCACAGAUGGACAUUCAGCGCAGAUCUGACCCUGUCUAUGUCAGCAGGAUCAUCACUGCAAUGGUGAACUCUAAUGAUGACAGGGGUAUCUUGACUGGACGCUGGACUGAGCCGUACGGUGAUGGAGUUGCACCGUAUCGAUGGACCGGCAGUGUGCCCAUCCUCCGCCAGUGGAGCAAAUCUGGAGUCAAAGCAGUAAAAUAUGGCCAGUGCUGGGUGUUUGCUGCAGUUGCAUGUACAGUGCUGCGCUGUCUGGGAAUCCCAACACGUCACAUCACUAACUUCUCUUCAGCUCACGAUGUUGAUGGAAACCUCUCCAUAGACUUCCUGUUGGAUGAAAGUCUGGAAACUCUGGAGAGCAGAGGCAGGAGAGACAGCAGCUGGAACUUCCACUGUUGGACUGAGUCUUGGAUGAGGAGAGAUGAUCUUCCCAAAGGAAAUGAUGGCUGGCAGGUUUUAGACCCCACCCCUCAAGAACUCAGUGAUGGGGUGUUUUGCUGCGGUCCGUGCCCUGUGACAGCCAUCAAGGAGGGAAAUCUGGGAGUGAAGUACGAUGCUCCAUUUAUAUUCGCAGAGGUGAACGCUGACAUCAUCCACUGGAUUGUUCAAAAAAGUGGCCAACGGAGAAAAAUAAAAGCGGACCAGACCAGUGUAGGGAAGAACAUCAGCACCAAAAGUGUUUAUGGGGACUUCAGAGAAGAUGUCACUUUACACUACAAAUAUCCUGAAGGAUCCAAGAAGGAGAGAGAAGUGUACGAGAAGGCCGGGCGCCGGGUAACAGACCCCACCGAUGAGAGUGCAGAACCAGCACGACUGCAGCUGUCAAUCAAGCAUGCUAAGCCUGUGUUUGGCACAGACUUUGAUGUGAUUAUGGAGGUGGAGAACAAAGGAGACCAGGAUGCUCAUGUUCAGCUGACCGUGCUGGCUAUGGCUGUUACUUACACUUCUGUCUAUCGGGGGGAGUGCCAGAGGCAGAUGACCACUGUGAAGGUGCCUGCUCACAAAGUCCAAAAGGAAGUCCUGCGUCUGCGCUAUGACGACUAUGCCAAGUGUGUCUCUGAUGAUCACCUGAUCAGGGUGAAAGCAUUUGUAGAGGCUCCAGGGGAGAAUGAACCCAUCAUGACUGUGACCGACAUCCCACUGAGCAGGCCUGAAGUCAUCAUGCAGGUUCCUGGGAGGGCUUUUGUUUGUGAACAAGUAAAAGCCCACAUCUCCUUCACCAAUCCUUUGCCAGUUCCACUCAAAGGAGGUGUGUUCACUGUGGAGGGUGCAGGCCUACUGUCUUCCACUGAGAUCCAUGUUAAGGGUGACAUUGCUCCAGGACAGAAGGUGUCCAUUCAGCUUUCUUUCUCACCCAUGAGGACUGGGGUGAGGAAGCUGCUGGUGGACUUUGACUCUGACAGACUGAAAGAUGUAAAGGGAGUAGCCACUGUGGUUGUCCGCAAGAAAUACAAUAAUAACAUCCCUGAAAUUUGUGAGUGGAUGAGCUGAAUGUAAAGGAAUGGGACCCAAUGAGACAAAAAAUAUUCCACAUACCAGCAGCCUGUGAAUAUCCACAAAUAAAUCCUGAUAUAGCAUUAGCUUGAAGCCACAAUGUGUCAGCUAUGAACAUUUAUGACUUUGCGUUAUUAUAUUUCUGUAUUUUGUUCAGGUUCAACUUAAUUAGCAUUGCAUUUUUGCAUUCUUCUUCUUCUUCUUCUGCUAGUUUUUGGUUUUGAUUUCAAGAAAAUCUUUUGUUUCCUGUGUUUGUUGUUGUAUUGUUGUGUUUUUUGCACCGUUUAUAAUCACAAAGUUAAACCUCAUGCAUUUGAUAAUAAUUGUGUUUAAGCCGAUAUAGAAAAAUAUGUAUAGAGUGAUUUAAAUAAAGUUUCUUUCCCAGUUGA